AUGAACUGUUCACUGACAGACCACGGACUGGCGAUAAGUUUUGUGGGCACCAGCAUUGCCAGUUUGCUCUUCACAGUUGGAAUAGUUGGCAACAUUUGCGUCAUACUGGUUGUCAUAAAGACGAGAUCCCUUCGCAGACAUCCAACAAAUUGGUACUUGGCAUCGCUGGCUGUUUCAGACUGCAUCUUACUCUGUACAGCCACUCUUCCGAGCAUAUUAGAGUAUCGGUAUUCGUUGGGAGACUGGGUGAUGGGAGAUAAUGGAAGUUGUCUGGCUGCAGUGUUUCUGCAGUACCUUGGAAUCAACGUGUCCUCCCUAUCCAUAACAGCUUUCAGCGUUGAAAGGUACGUAGCCAUAUGCCAUCCAAUGAAAGCUCGCAUCAUUUGUACAGUUUCCAGAGCCAAAAAAAUUAUUGGCAUGGUCUGGUUGUUUGGCGCCAUCUACUGCGCUCCUUGGCUGUUUUUGACAGAAACUCGAUCAAAGUUGUUAACGUUUACUUACGAAUGCUCUUUCAAACUGAAACGACACCAGUACAACAUUUACUACAUGUCCGAUCUGGUCAUCUUCUACAUGGUCCCAUUGAUUGGCACCAGUCUUCUGUACUGCCUCAUCGCCAGGGCACUUCAUUUCUCAACUGAGUUGAAUCAAGAUAAUCCAAAAGCCAACAACAACACAAAUACCAACGGAAACCACAGAAACUAUGAAUAUAUAUCCAUGACAGAAGCAAUAACAUCUACAGUUGCUCUCAGAAAUGCUGUGGUGAAGAUGUUGGCGAUGGUGGUUACAGCGUUUGCGAUUCUCUGGCUGCCCUAUCGAAUUUUUGUGGUCUACAAUUCCUUUGCAAAGACCCCCUACACGAGUCUGUGGUUCCUGACGUUCUGCCGGUUGAUGGUCUACUGCAACAGCGCCAUCAACCCCAUUCUCUACAGCCUCAUGUCCGCCAAGUUCAGAAUCGCUUUCUAUCAACUUUUCAAAUGCUGGGGUUAG